UCAAGAAACGGAGGGAACUCAGUGCAAGAUGGGCGAGACGAAGCUCGCGCAGUCCAACUCACUGCCGAAGCUGGCCAUCAGUAAGCCGCAGCCGGAUGGUGGCGAAACCCCGACCGGAACCACUGUCGCCAAUGCCAGCGCAGAGGAUCACUACGAUCCCUCCGUCCGGAUCCUGCACAUUCCUCGGCAAAACGAUGGCUCAUGCGGUUUCCACCUGACGCGCAGUAAAUGGGAUCCGUACCCUUGGGUCAGCGGUGUUGAUGCAGACUCUCCGGCCGAGGUCACCGGGUUGAAGGUUGGCGACUGCGUGUUGGAGGUCAACAACGAGGAUGUCCUGGGAAUGCGCAUUGCCGAGGUGGCCGCGCUGGUGCGGGCCAAGGCUGACAUCGUGACGCUGUUGCUGUGGAGCACCGGCAUGGAACCGGCCUGCAACCCGGAGUCACUCUGCUGCGGCCCGAUGCCGAUCAACCUGGAGCGGCUCACCGCCAGCAUGCAGACGAUCGUGGCCGCCCUGGAGUGCCCGGUGUGCUUCGACACGAUCCCGCCGCCCGUGUUCCAGUGUCAGAACGGGCACCUGGUGUGCUCGCGGUGCCGGGUCCGUGCCGAUCGAUGCGCCAUCUGUCGGGAGCGCUACACCCUCGGCCGUUCGCUGCUCGCCGAGCAGGUUUUCCAGUCGAUCACCGAGGCGUUCAACCUGAGCGAAGGUUCCGAUGGCCGUCUCAGGGAGCGGCUCUUCGGGGCCCGCUGUUCCCGCCGUGCGCCACCUCCAGCGGGGACGAAGAGAAGCCCCUUCAACAGUGACGGCCAGCUGACGGCCGUCAGUGGCCGACCGAUCCACUCGCACACGCACAAGUUUCUGGCCCGCAUCAUGGGCAAGGCGAGCUCGGUGGACAACCUGACGAAGCCGCAGCCACCGCCCCCGGACGUGGUGGGCGACCUGCAGACAGCGAAGGGCAAGUCCUUAUCGCUCUCGUCGAGCGAUAUCUUCAAGCGCGACAAUUCCGUGUCGGUCCUUCGGUGCCCCUCGGCCAACCGGCUGGCUCCGGAACUGUCCGCGUCCUACAACAGCCUCACCGUGCGCCGUCCAACGUCGUCGAUGUCCUGCAACGCUUCGGCCGAAAGUCUCAGCAGCAUUCCGGAGCACGGCAUACAGUUGACUGUCCCCGCCACGCUGCCAUCGGCCGGCUCGGACACCCCCGAAGCCCCGUACCACUGCCCGUGCGGCGAGUACUGCAGCGACUUAAUCACCGCCCUUGAGCUACACGAGCACGUCACGGUGCACCACCGGACACCGGUCAUAUCCUUUGGGACGGCCUCGGCCGAGAUAUCGCUGCCUCCGAGGACGCCGGUCGACAACGCGUGCCUGCUGCUCGUGCUCGAUGGCCAUAAAUUUUGGUUGAAAUUAAUCUCCGACACUAGCACGGUCGGUGACAUCUUCCUGUCGGCGCUGCUCGAGGGCGGACCGGAGCAGGCGAAGAACUACGCCCUGGAGGUUAUCAUCCGGAAGGAGGGAUUCGACCAGAUCCUCGGCAAGGAGCUCAUCUCCCGCUCCGAGGUGCACUCGAUGGUGGACAAGUCGUGGAACGACCUGAUCAACACGAAGGCCGGCGUCUUUUAUACGGGCGUUUGCAUACGGGCCACCUUCAGCCCGGACACGGAAAUCCUGCUGAAGGUGUCCGUCAAGCGGUUGGCUGACUUGUGAGCGGCCGCUGCAAGCUGCCGGUUUAUGUUGGUAUAAUUAACCGACAAUUGUGUGACCUUCCGAGAGCUUCUC